CAGGGCAGAAGAGAGGGAUUUAGGGUUUGCUCGAUCGUCAUGCUUCUCAAUCAAUGCGCAGAAGAGACGACGAUAGAAGAUUCCAUGGAAGCAUCUUCUUCAGUGGUUGUCAGUUCGUGCCUGACAAAGCGUAAGGCUGAGUUCGACCCGGAAGAGGAGGAGGAGGAAGAGAGCGAUGGUGAGAUUGAAGAAGGGAAAGCCAAAGUUGAGGAGCGUAAGGCUGGAGGAAUAGAUUACUUAAAGGUGCCUGAAUGGGAUGUGGACAGCUUCGAUGGUUUAGAGUAUUAUUCCUCUCCGGAGGUAUUAUUUUCCUCCGAGGAUGAACCUUUCUCCGAGGAAUCUAUACAACACUAUCGCCUCUUUAAACGCCAGAUGAUCGAGAGCAAGGGAUUUUACGGGGAUCCAGCGCUUAGGCCCUUUGAUCAUUACAGAGGGAUAAAACCAAUGGGCUUGGAGUGGGAAGCGCUUACGGAUAAAGACUUUCGCGCGUACUGGGAAGAGAUGGUCUAUGUUUGUCUCCAAAAACUCAACAAGGACAAGGAUUCGAAUGUGGAGUUGGUUGAAGUUGUGAGAGGUUAUUAUCGCGCAGGACCGAGAUCAAAGUCAUACAUUACAUUUAUGGCUAGGGAGAAGCCAGAUGGACCUCUUGUUGAGUAUCAAGCCAAGUGUAUGGUUACUUUAGACAGAAAGAGGCAUCCCAUCCUAUGUAGACCGGCUCCUACACCAAAGCCUUAA